AUGUCCGAUCCAGCAGAAAUUCAUGCUACCAACAGCUCAUGCGAGACUCCUUCUGGUUGUGCGAGCGAGGGAAAGCAAGGGCUACGUCAACGUAAAUGUAGGAAGGUGUUGUCCUCUCCAGUCGGCCUGAAGCCUGGCAUCGAUUACACCAUCACAGACUGCCAGGGGCGGUGGGGUUACAUGGUGAGCGAGGGUUCCCACAUCUUCCGGGGAUACCGCCUCGGCCUCUCGUUCUGGCAGUGCAUCCGGUCCAUGUUUCAGCUGCACAAUGAGACGAUCAAUGUCUGGUCGCACCUGCUGGGAAGCAUCCUCUUUGUGUGCCUCCUCUUCUACGUGAAGGACAUGCCUGCUUUCGAACGACCUAAGAGGAUGGUUCGCAGUGUAGUGCAGAGCAUGCCGAUCGGAGGCAGCAAUGCCAGCGCUUUCUGUAGUGCUAACUGCUCGAACCAGACUAACUUUACUGGCUUGUCUCCUGAGAAGUAUGCCUUCAGCAUGGCUCAGAGACAUUUCGCGGCCGCCAAGGAUAUCUUGAAGCAUGCAGAAUUCAAGCUGCCAGGCCUCGAGCGCUGGCGGGAGAUUGUACAGGCGAAUACCAAGGAGAUGGGACGCAACAUGGCGGAAGAAGCACAUGCAGCGCAGCUUCUUGUGCAAGAGAAGCUUGAGAAUGCCAUGCACAACCUUGAUAAGUCGCUUGAGACCAUCAGGCACGAGCUCUCUCAGCUGGGCUCCGUCUCCAUGGAAGGCUGCGUGAUGUGCUGGGCAGAUCUAGUGCGAAGACUUGCCAGCGUGAAGCAGAAGCUGCAGGAUCAGGUCUCCUCCAUCACAACCAGCAUGGGCCACAUCGAUGAUCACAACAGCCUCGUCUGGGGCCUGAGCCCCUCCGAGUGGGCAGAGUACACAGCUUCUGAAGUGUCUUCAGUCACUACUGCUCUGAACAACGGGAUAUCGGCAGCGAAGAGGGCGCUGAUACACGCAUCUGUGAACAUCCAAGGAGAAAUGGUGCACGAGAUGCAGAAAGUCCGAGAAGUGAUCAACCAAGAUUUCUUCCAUCGAUUCAAGAUCAACGGAGAGACGUUAAACUCUCAGGCGAUCGUUGAAAGAUGGCCAAUUGUCAUUUUCUUGCUCUCUGCUUUCACAUGUCUUCUCACGAGUGCUUCGUAUCACCUUUUCAACUGCCACAGCUUGACUCUAGCGAAUGUUCUCUUGUUUCUGGAUUAUGCUGGCAUCUCGAUCUUGAUCGGAGGUUCUUUCGUUCCUCCCAUCUUCUAUGGGUUCUAUUGCGAUGUGUCGCUUCGAAACAUGUACCUGGCGAUCAUCGCAGUGUUUUCAAUAUCUUCUGCAGGAAUUGGAAUCUACAGCGGGUUGAAACCAUCGCCCUCCUCAUGCCUCAUGCGGGUGCUGGUCUACAGUGGAAACGCUCUUUUCGCUGUGGUCCCGUGCGGUCAUCUCCUGCUCCGCUACCUCCACGGCGAGCCAUGCUGGACGCCAGGCCUCGUCUACAUCUCGGCUAUGAUUGGCAUCUACGCUCUCGGGAGUGUGAUUUACUACUACCGAUUCCCCGAGCGCUACUGGCCAGGCAAGUUUGAUAUCGUCUUCAGCUCCCAUCAGCUCUGGCACAUCGUAAGCUCUGCAAGCUCUGACGCUGCUGGGAGCGACUGA